AUUUUAGCGUAGGCAUUCGUAAAACUCAUGUAACAAAAUUCUAGUUUUACUCUUUUUACCACAACAAUUUAAAGAUGCAGAAAAAAAGGUUGGUUUAAUUUUGCACGCAAAUCUCAGUUUUUCUUUCCGACCGACAGGUUUAAAAGACAAAUUUUCUUCCCCAGGAUUACCGGCAAGACAACGACCCGGGCCCAGGACGAGUAUCUGGCAAAUGACCAUAUCAGAACGGCAGAACGCCGCCACUUUCCUAGAGUUCACCACUAUCAAGCCCUUCUUUUACCAGCAGGCUAAUUUCAAAUGCUUCUACUGUAACGAAGUCUUCCCAGAGAUCCACUCAGUAUUACAACACACAGCAUUCCACGUAACACCAGAAAGGUGCUGCUUACUCAAACAGUAUUUACGGAAAGGGAAACGUGUUAUAAAAGUUGAUAUAUCGGGUCUAAAAUGCAAGCUUUGUGAACAGAAGUACUCGGACUUAGACGAUAUAAGAAAACAUUUGAUCGCGGCUCAUAAAAAGGAAUUCAAUACAGCAGGAAACGGUCUCAUGGCGUAUGAUCUAAGUACAAACAACGGUCUCUUAUCCUGUCACAAGUGCUCUAAAACGUUCAACUCUUUCUUCCUCCUCAACAGGCACAUGAAUGUUCAUUUCAGCGUCGUUUGCGAAACUUGCGGUCUCGGCUUCAUGUCUCACCAACGCCUCAUAAACCAUAGGAUAGUCCAUCAAAACGGUGUGCACAAAUGCGACAAAUGCCAAGAAGUAUUCACCACUAAGUUAAAACUACGUUACCACUUAUUUAAAAAACAUGAGGUCACCAAUGCAAAGAAGAUAAAGCCUUUAAAAUGUCCUCAUUGCUUGGAAAGGUUCGCCGAGCAUUAUCGUAAAAUGACACAUCUGAAAGAAGCGCACGGAAUCACCUUUUCUUUUGAAUGCCAGAUGUGUAAAGCAGUUUUUCCUACAAGGAGAGCUUUGACAGAACAUACAACUAAGUUACACACGCAAAAAAUCCAGUGCAAGAUCUGUGGAAAAUGCUUUGGAACGAAGUCAUUGCUGAAGAUGCAUAUGAGAGGUCAUACGGGUGAAAGGAAUUUUUUCUGCUCGAUAUGUCAGAAAGCUUACAUGCACGAGAGAACUCUGAGGCAGCACAUGAGGGUCCACGGGCCUGUGUGGAAGUUUACGUGCUCCGAAUGCGGCAGCGGCUUCCACAAUAGGAACGAUUACAAUAAACAUAUGAAGCAGUGGCAUCCUCAGUGGCAGUUUAAGACUAUUGUCAAAAAUUUUGGAACUGAACUUAUGAAUUGAAGGGAAUUAAGAAGAUCAA